AUGCUCGAACAGAUUGCCGGCCCGCUGCGCGUCAGCCUCACCUCGACCCUGGUCCUUCUCGCCGUCGCCCUGCUGGGAUGGUACCUCGUGUCAACCGCCAUCGCAUACAACAAGCUGCGUCAUAUCCCCGGGCCACCACUCGCCAGCUUCACGAACUGGUGGUGGAUCCGUGCUGCCGUUUCCGGAAGAGGACAUCUUGCGCUGAAAGAUGCGUGCGAUCGCUAUGGCUCGAUUGCCCGGAUCAGCCCGAACAUGGUAGUGACGUGGGAUCUGGACCUCUACCGCAAAGCCAACGCCCACCGGAUCAAUGACUACACCCGCGGGAAGUGGUACAAGGCGUUCAAGAUGGACGCAGAGCGAGAAAACCUCUUCACUCAGCUGGAUGACGAGAAGCACUCCUUGAUGCGCGCAAAGCUGUCCCCCGGGUACUCGGGCAAGGACAAUCCAGAGUGCGAACCCAGCAUUGACCAGAUGGUCAUGGACGUCGUGCACUUGAUCAAGCGCAAAUACCUGUCCGUGGGGACUAGCUUCAAGCCGCUCGACUGGGCCGAACUCGCUCAAUACUUCACCCUCGACGUGAUUACCUACCUGUCCCUGGGCGAGCCGUUCGGGUUCGUCGCCAACGACACGGACAAGUACACGUACGUGAAGUCGAUGGAGGACAACUUCCCCAUCAUGAACGUCUUUUCGGCCGUGCCGCUGCUGUCGGCUAUCGCGAGGAUUCCCACCGUGCAGGCCAACCUUGUGCCGUCGCCGAAGGAGAAGACCGGGUUAGGAAAGGUGAAAGCAGUCGCUCGACAAAUCAUCGCCGACCGGUUCUCCUCCUCCGCCGCCUCUGAGAAAUCCACCCGCCACGACAUGGUCACGUCGUUCAAGAACCACGGGCUCUCGGAGCUUGAAAUCUCCGACGAAUCACUCUUCCAGCUGCUCGCCGGGUCGGACACCACCGCCACCAUCGUGCGGACAGGCUUCCUCUCCAUCCUGUCCAACCCGCACGUGUACCGCAAGUUACAGGCCGAAGCCCUCGCGACCGACAUCCCCCUGGACACCAUCAUCCCGUACGCCCAGGCCCUCCGCCUGCCCUACCUCCAGGCCUGCAUCAAGGAGGCUCUGCGCCACCACCCGGCCGCGGCAGGCCUGUUGCCCCGCGUGGUCGGCCCCCACGGCGACACGCACAAGGGCGUGUACCUGCCGCCAGGGACCGAGGUGGCGUUCUGCGCGUGGAACAUGCUCCGGCACAACACGGUCGUGUUUGGCGAGGAUGCCGAGGUUUUCCGCCCCGAGCGCUGGCUGGAGGCGUCCGGGGAGCGGCUGGCCGCGAUGGAGGAUGCGCACCAUCUCGUGUUUGGGAACGGGCGGUUCCGAUGCAUGGGCGAAAACAUCGCGCGGUUGGAGCUGAACAAGAUCUUUUUCGAGAUGAUCAGGCGGUUUGAUUGGAGCUUGGUUGACCCCAUCGUCCCGAUCAAGAAGAACACGAAUUACGGCCUGUUUGUCCAGAAGGGUAUGUUCGUGCGGGUGAGUGAGCUGGAAGGAUAG